AUGGUGAAUAAAGACAGAGACAGGAGCCCGGCCCUUGCGGUUCAGUCUCGCCAGCAACCAUUCAACAUCAUCCAUCAACAACACCAGCCAAACACCACGGCUGGCCCGUCCUUGCCAGUGCGCCCGCUCCUGGCGCCCAACCCGACGUCCGCCGUCGACUCUGGUCUUGACAUCGAUCAGGUCGAGCUCGAGAAUGUCUCCGAGGCCGACUUCCAGACUAUCCGCGAUGCCCUCGACAGAUCGCAUGUUGUGCUCACGGAGCGCUUCGAUCCCAGCUCCGAGCGCCGCGAGCUAUGGGCACGGCAAGACGCUCGAUGUCCAGCACUCUGUUCUGUUCUCCACCCGGAUCUCCAGACCAUCCCUACUCAGCCUCAAGUCCCGGUCAGUGGAAACGGAACGUCGGAGGAGCACGACGGCUUGAAGAACAUCAAGCUCGUCCAGCUGCACCACAAGACGUUUCCACCAGGUCGCUAUCCCGCUAUCCUUGCCGAGGAUGAUUUGCAUGCCACUCGUUUCUACCGAUGGCACCUUGACGCGGCCUUGUACGAUCUGAACCCAGGCCCGGUCACUUCUCUCGUCGCUGUCACGGUGCCCGCGGGUCGACGACCGACGCUCCGAUACCACGAGGGCACCGGCGAAGAAAGGGAUGUUCCACCUCUUCCAUUUGGAACUACAGCCUUUCGUCUCCGGGCAAACGAAGUGUGA